AUGGGUGGCGGGAAGAAAAGAGAGCAAACCCCAUCGGUGGCAACACUCUUCCGCACACCGACCACCUCGCAGAGGCCUACAGAUUCCCAACCGAUAGAAGAGGACGACUCUGGGCCUGAGGAUACCAUCCCCUCAUCGGACCCAACAGCCCCACUCACAAUCGGGGUACUACGUGGCAUGCUCUGCGAGGAAACUGCCGACUUCAAAACCCACGUGGCCGCGGAAAUCACCAAGCAGCUCGAGGGCCUCAAAACUGAAAUGGCCACCCUCGCCUCCAGGACGGAACAGGCGGAGAGCCGCAUAUCAAAAAUCACGUCUACCACACAGGAACAUGCCCAAGACAUCGCCUAUUUCCAUGGCAAAAUCGCAGCCCUGGAGGACGGCAUGGAAGACCUUAAUAAUAGGUCGCAGAGAAACAAUAUCCGAAUCCGCGGCCUACCCGAGACGAUCACCCAGGAGCAGCUACUGCCCACGCUCAAAGCUAUUUUCCAAGAGAUGGCCCCAGACCUUACACCAAUCGGGGGGGGGGGGGACCACGGGGAUCUGGACAUGGGACGGGCCGGACCGGCUUGA